AUGUCACCAAAACCUUGGUACCUUAAUUAUAACGAAUUUGAAUUUUUUAGAAAUAAAUUCAACCCCGAUUGGGGAGUAGAAUUUAACACACAGAAAUUUAAUAAUGUUAUUAAUAAUACUACGGAUGGUCAAGAAAAACGAAAGUAUAAUGAUAUUUUUAAAGAAAUAUUUAGACAUAUAAACAACAAAGGUGUUUUUAUAUCUUAUGAUUCCUCAAAUGCUUGUAAUUAUAUUAGCUAUAUUUUAUUUAAAGAAGUCGAAAAAAAAAACAAUGUAGAAUAUAAUGAAGAUACAUUUAGUAUUACUAAAAAAUUUGUGGAGGAAUUUAAAAAAGAGGAUGGUUAUACAAAUGAUUAUUGUGAAUCUAAAAUGUUUUACAUAGAUUCUAACAUAUUUGAUAAAUUGAAAAACUUAUAUUAUUUGUAUGAUAAGUACUAUGAAUAUACCAAAACACCAUAUUGGAAAAAUUAUGCAGAUCAAUGUAAUACCUUGGGAUAUGCAAUUCAGUAUCACAAUAAUAUCGUAGAUAAUUAUGAGGAAGAUAAAGAUUUAAUUAAUAAAUCAUUAGUUAUGAAAGGUUUAAUUGAAGGAUUAAAAUUGCAGCCUUAUUAUGAAUGUCCACAUAGGAAAUACCUAUUGCAUAAGUCAAAAAUAGAGAUAGAAAGAGAAAAAGAACAAUUAGAAGUUGAAGCAAGAGCGCGACAACAAGCGGCAUUGUUAAAAGCACAAGUUGAAGAAUCUGGUUCUAAAGCUAUAGCUGAACAAGGAAGACGUACUGAUAUACAAGAACAACAGCAACAAGUAGAAAGUGCACAUGGACAUGAAGCACUUCAAGAACACCAAAUCGAUUCAGUAACCAUAGACCAUUCAAAGGAAGCAGAAACUCGUGCGGCAUCAGUAGAUUAUAGAGGACCAGUACAUAAUACAUUAUCAAGACAAUAUGGACGAUAUUAUAGAGAAAGAGGACAUUCUUAUGAUUCACAACUAGAAAAUAUAUUAGGAUCGGGAGAAGAAAGAAAUCAUAUAUCAGGAGAUCCUCUGAGUUCUUCAAGUGAAGGAAGAGGUUUCAUUCAUAAUAUGAAAGAUGCUUUUUCUACUAUUUCAGAAAAUGUUGAUCCAGUACCUCUGAUGGGUGUAUCUGGUGGGAUGGGUGCUUUAUUUUUACUUUUUAGGUAUACUCCUGUUGGAACAUACUUUAGAGGAGGAAGAGGACGCGCACGUAGAAUUCCUAGUGGUUUCAGUGGACCAUUCCCAGGAGUAUUUCCAGAUAUUCAAGAUUAUGAAGGUGGGCAUAUUGGAUAUGGUCCAAUGAAUCCUCUAGCGGAAUAG